GUGUCCUUUACAAAUAUCAGGUUGUGUGUACUUUCAACAGUCGCAGUGUCCCCGUUCCCGGUACACCGGAACCAGAGCACUUAUCACCACCCAAAUUGCUGACAAGUUAUAUUCCAAUAGCGAUGCACGUACUUCAUCACUGCAUAGAAUCAAUUCAAUACGAGCCUGUGAUAACAUCUAUAACGACGAUAAAACCUGUGAUAACAACAGCUGCAGUUCAUCUACAACCGACGACAUUCCAUAAGCCGGGCUACUUUGGGCCAGAGAGGCCACCGCCGACUCCACCGUCUUCGAUAUCCAUUUGUUCCAUUCCUAGCACGAAUCACCAAGAACAAGCAACCACACCAAGCACGGAAACCGCAGAAACUUUACUCUGGAAUGAUAAACUGUUUUUUGAAUGGUUUUUGCAAAAUAAAUACAAGCAAAUCAAUCUACGUAAUGAGUACAACCUACAGUUUCUAGAUCAACUUCCACUCAGUCUUCUACAAGACAUCGAUAUGGAACGUUAUGAACUGCCGGCGUUGUUGGAUAAAGACAAUGUAAAAGAAUUCCGGAGAAUCUAUGAUGACAAAUUCCGGCAAAGCAAGACAAAUGUGCCGCAUGUAACUGGUUCCAAUGGAGUAAUGAAUCGUCUCGACAAUAGUGCUACUGUGGCAUCAGGAGUAGGCGGCAGGAAGCGUGUUCCACCAACAAAACCUUAUAUACACAUGUUAAUGCUCUAUGACCUAUUGAAAAGAGAAGCAAAAAAAUAUAUGUAUCAACUUUACGAGGGCUACAGUCAAGAGAUACUUGGAAAAAUUUCCCAAAUCAAAGCAGAAAAUGGUCAGCAGCAAUUACUGUUCGUUCUGUUUAGUAUGCUCGAAGAAAAAAACAUAUACAAAGCGGACGUUACCUCACGAACAAAAGCGAUGAUAACAGAACUGCAGAACCCUAAUAGUGCGAUAACCAAAGCAUUGACAUACGUUCCACCACUGAUAUUCGCACCAUAGAGGAGCAAGGAGACCAAACGUGUACACGAAUAUUUAAGAUGCAAAUUGUGUCCUAUACACUAUAUAGUAUUGUACAGGUUUAAUUAUAUUUACUAGGUUGGAGUAACAAAGUGAUUAUUUCAGAACAA